AUGGAGCCUUUAUACUUUAAUGCUAACGAUGGUUAUCUGGAAGGUAUUGUGAGAGGUUAUAAGAGCGCUAUAUUAAAUUCCACACAAUACUUAAAUCUUACCCAAUGUGAAACUUUGGACGAUUUAAAACUUCAAUUAAGUGCAACAGAUUAUGGUAACUUUUUGGCAAAUGAACCUUCACCCAUUUCAACUUCAACUAUAAACGAAAAGGCAACACAAAAAUUAGUUGCUGAGUUCAAAUAUGUUCAAAGUAAUGCAGUUGAACCAUUAUCCAAAUUUAUGGAAUAUUUGACUUAUGCAUACAUGAUUGAUAAUGUUAUACUUUUAAUAACGGGCACUUUACACGAACGUGAUACUAAUGAAUUACUGGAACGAUGUCAUCCAUUGGGAGUAUUUGAUUCCAUGCCUGCAUUAUGUGUCGCUACAAAUGUUAAAGAACUUUAUGAAACUGUGAUGGUGGAAACUCCACUUGCACCAUAUUUCGAGAAAUGUUCAGCUAAUGACAUUGAUGAAUUAAAUAUUGAGAUAAUUCGUAAUACUUUAUAUAAAGCAUAUCUUGAAGAUUUUUAUGGAUAUUGUAAAGAUCUUGGAGGUGUAACUGCAGAAAUAAUGUGUGGAAUCUUGGAGUUUGAAGCAGAUCGUCGUACUAUCAAUAUUACUAUAAACUCUUUUGGUACAGAAUUAUCACGAUAUGAUCGUGCAAAAUUAUUUCCAAGUUUCGGUAAAUUAUAUCCCGAUGGACAAGCAAAACUUGAACGAGCAGAUGAUGUUGAACAAGUUAAAUCUAGUGUUGAAGUUUGGGCGGAAUAUCGUCCAUUCUUUGAUACCACGUUAACAUCUUUUGGUGGAACUGAAACAAGUGAAGCUAAAACAUUAGAUGAUCAUUUUUUUGAAUAUGAAGUACAUUUAAACAAACUUUCUUUUCAACAACAAUUUCAUUACGCUAUUUUUUAUGCAUUUUUAAAAUUGAAAGAACAAGAAGUUAGAAACAUUGUAUGGAUUGCUGAAUAUAUCCAAGAUUCCCCAGAAGCAAAAAAUGAAAGACAACCACUAGUUUCUGAAAUUACCAAAAAAUUCGUACCAAAUUUUGUUAUGAAUUCCAUAGAAUCAUCAACUAAGGAUCCAGCUAAAAUAUAUGUUUCAAAAUUAAAAGGCAAAGUAAUAUUACUUGAUAAUCCUUUAAAAACUUCAGAAGAAAAGAAAAAACGGAUUAAAUUACAAAAGAAAAAGAAAGUUAAAGUUAUGAGUGCCAAAGAAAAGAAAGAAACAAAAAUAUAUGAAAUUCCCGAAGAAUGUCACAAAUAUGAUCUUUUUAUUCCUCUGAAUGAACUUUGGCUUCAAUAUAUGGAAGAGCUUUAUGGAAAUUCAAGUCCAGCAAUUUUUGCACAAAAGUUAUUAAAAGCUGAUUUUCAUGGUGCAUUAUUUACAGUAUCUAAAUCAAGAUGUGCUUCAUAUAUUGGUAUUACAGGAAUAAAUAUUCAAGAAACUGAAAAUAUGUUCAAAUUAAUUACCAAAGAUAAUAAAUUGAAAAGUAUUCCUAAGGGUCACAGUGUAUUUACAUUUCAAUUAAAAGAUUACAUGUUUACUUUAUAUGGGGAACAACUUAGAUUUAGAUCUGCUACAAGAGCAACAAAAAAAUUCAAAAAUAAACCAAAUAUUGAUUUGUAA